CUCUUAUUAGUAACACAGAGCAUGGCUCGCCUGGCACUGGUGGGACACCUAUUGUGGGGGGAGCGUUCAGCAACGGAAGUGCAAGGGAGGUGGAGAUUACCCAGCAGGCAUUGCGGCCGGUCUGUUGCUGAGCACGUUGUGUCUAUUACCGGCUCGUUGUGUCUCCUCAGCGUUCGAUCAUGGAAGGCCCGCUCGCAGUGCUCGGGGAGCGCAGUACCGGGGAGGCAGUGAGGAGCCAGAAUGGUAAAUACCGGGGGCGCUCUCAUGGAUUAGCGGUGCGGCCCUCAGUGCCUGUCAGACACAAUGGAAUGAGGGGGGGAGGGCCGGCCGCAUCGUGCUCCGUGCUGCCUCAUGUUCCCAUCUCCAUCCCACUAACCCAGCGAAUCCCAGUAACAGCCAGACUGACAGAAACUGUCCACAUGUGAUCAGAGCUGUGGGAGUUUCUUCUCUAGAUCUUUAUUUCUGCAGUUGCAAUUAUGGUUUUAAAUUGCUGUAAUUUAGAGUUUAGUGAAUAAACCUCUGUAGGCUCCCAAUAGUCACCGUGUUUUUAAAAAAUAAAUAAAUAAAAUACAAACUGCUUGCUCAAAUAAAUAGAUGUUCUUAGGAGAUGACUCAAUGUAGUUAUGUGUUGGAAAUAUUACUUGCAGUCAAACCUUGUGGAGGUUGGCUGAAGGGACACAAAGCACCAAGUUCAAUUAAUAUUGUCAAGCGCUACGGAAUCUGUUGGCGCUAUAUAAAUGGCAAUAAUAAUAACCAUAAUGAAGUAGUUUUGGUGCAAAGACAUUGUCUCUUUUGUUUGGAGCUCUAAAACAUUGCGAUUUCUGAAAAACUGCAGUAUUUAUGUGCUGUCUAAGCCACACCUCUAAUGGAUGUCAAACUGGCUUCAACAUAAAAAAACUCUACGUUUUUAGAGGUCACACAGCAUAAUGAAUUUAAAUGCAUUCAUUGCUUGGUGCCUUCUGCACUUUAGUUCAAUCACUGCUGUCUAUGUAUUUAUCUAUUACUGGCUUUUAUAAAGCAUCAACAUUUUCUGCAGCGAUGUACAGGUCGAAGUAUACAUUCUAUGUUAUAAUUGUAGAUGAUGACACUGGCCCUGGGUAAUGCUACAGGUAUCGUCUGACUACCCUCAAAUGGUUUGACAUACAUGGGACUCCGCUCAGAUUCUUGGCGACAUAGUUAUAGCACCUUGAUUAUAUUAAGUUGCUGCUAGAAAAGUUGGCUGUCCACCGAGCAGGUUGAAGGAGAGUGUUAACAAAUACAUUAGAUCAGUAUACUAACCCCUUCCGGCUUACAGGAUUAUUCGAUAAAGUGAGAAUUGUCAGAAUUUUAAAGUGUAUAUAAAGUUUAAUAGCUGAAAAAACUGGCCUGCAGAAUUUUUUUAACUUUGGCUAUUUUAUCUUAAAUUUUUACAUUCACUUGAAUUCCCAGUUAAAUCUACUUUAGCGAAUAACCCUGACAGUCUUGGACAUCUCAGGUGUUGUGGUGGCACUGUGGACCUGAGUUCAAAUCAGUAGCUGCCUAUCCAGUCCUAUACUCGUUUUCCUGGCACUAUAGUGCCCCGAGGGUGCCCCCACCCUCAGGGACCCCCUCCCGCCGGGCUCUGGAGAGAGGAAGGGGUUAAACACUUACCUUUCUCCAGCGCCGGGCGGGGAGCUGUACUCCUCCUUGCUCGCGACGUCAUCGGCUGAAUGCGCAUGCGCGGCAGGAGGUCGCAUAGGAAAGCAUUUACAAUGCUUUCCUAUGGAUCCUCUCGUGAUUUUCACAGUGAGAAGCAUUAGCGCCUCUGCGUCAAUGAGACAGCCACUAGAGUUUCUGGAGGCUGGAUUAACCCUCAGUAUAAACAUAGCAGUUUCUCUGAAACUGCUAUGUUUAUAAAAAAAAAAAAGGGUUAAUCCUAGAGGUACCUGGCACCCAGACCACUUCAUUAAGCUGAAGUGGUCUGGGUGCCUAGAGUGGUCCUUUAAAGGGACACUGUAGGCACCCUGACCACUUCGACUCAUAGAAGUGGUAUGGGUGCAGUGUCCCUUUUGCACUUAGUGCUGCAGUGUUAAACAUUGCGUUUCUAGAGAAACUGCAGUGUUUACAUUGCAGCACUAAGUCAGCCCCUAGUGGCUGUCUACCAGUUUGGAAAUGGACACUUGGUCGGGUAUCUGACAUUGGGCGUCCUCACGCUUUGAUUCAAUGCUUUUCUAUGGAGAGGUCUAAUGUGCUCGUGGCAUUAGUGCCCAAUCGUGGGACAUCGGAGUGGUCAAAGCAUAGGCGCUGGGAUCAUGUUAGUAAAGGGGUUUUUAACCCUUUAUUUACGGGAGGCAUGGGGAGUGAUUUUUGCCAGGAAUACAGCUUUGUGUUCCUGGCACUAUAGUAUGUUUUCCUGGCACUUUGAGGCACACCAACAGUCUAGGUUUUGUCAGUGUCCCAUUGGAACAAAACUGGGAAACUAUUGCAGUAGUUCAUGAAACUGUUUUACAGAUUACUCUGGGAGGGUGCUAGCAGGCUGUAGUGUUUAUUCCUUAGCAUUUGUAGGCAUUCCCAUUUUAGUACCACUUCUUCGUUCUACAGAUCUAGUGGCUAUGCUAAUGGGAUAAAGUAUUCUCUACUGUCAUCUGAAGGAAAAUGGUUAUGUUUCUUUUCCUAUAUGAAAUGGCAGUACAUAAACUUUUAUAUCCCUGCAAAAAAAAAUAUUUAUUUAUUUAUUAUUGGCAUUUAUAUAAUGCCAACAUAAUCUGUAGUGUUUUGCAAUAUUAUAAGGAGGAGAGAUUUAACCAUAAAUGAGGCACUUAAAAGAACAAUAUGUUAAAGAGGAUCCUGUUUAAACAAGCUUACAGUCUAGAGGAGGUGGGGUAUAAGACAUGAGAUAUAAGUCUGAGAGGCAAUCAAGACAAGGCAGAGUGUAAGCAGAGUGCUGGCUGGAGGAGAGAGUAGAGUGCUGGCAUUGAGGAGAGAGUAGAGUGCUGGCAUUGAGGAGAGAGUAGAGUGCUGGCAUUGAGGAGAGAGUAGAGUGCUGGCAUUGAGGAGAGAGUAGAGUGCUGGCAUUGAGGAGAGAGUAGAGUGCUGGCAUUGAGGAGAGAGUAGAGUGCUGGCAUUGAGGAGAGAGUAGAGUGCUGGCAUUGAGGAGAGAGUAGAGUGCUGGCAUUGAGGAGAGAGCAAGGGACAGGUAUGUGAGGUAGAGAUUACUGUGGGAGGCCAUAAGCUUUCCUUAAAAGAUGGUUUUUAAGGUGGUACUUAAACGAUUGACGACUAGGGGAGAAUCUGAUAGUGGUAGACGGCUAUUCCAAAGGAAAGGAGCAGACUACGGGAAGUCCUGCAAGUGUGAGUUGGCCAUACAGGUGUGAAAAGUGGCCAGGAGAAGGUCAUGAGCACAGCAGAAAGACCGAGAAUGGCACACACAUGGAUCAGUGAAGAGAUAUGAGGGGCUAGAAUUCUUCAGUGCUUUAUAGGUAUGGAUUAAAGCUUUGAACUGACUCCUGUAGUAGCAUAAGAAAGGGGCGGAUGCAGGUAAUGUUUUUGAGGUGGAAUUGGAAGGAUUUGGUAACAGACUUGAUGUGAGGCUAGGAUCCGAUAUAAUGCCAAGACACCGCGCUUGCAAGGAUAGGCUGAUGUGGGUACCACUAACUUAAUCAUUUUAAUAACUAAUAUAUAAUAUUUUUUUGUUUGGUUUUUACUGUGGGAGGGGAAUCUCUAAUGAUUUGGUAACAGGUGGAGUAUGGAGAGGGGGCUCUCAUGAGUGGUUGAGAGUAGAAUAGAACAUGUACAGUUGGAGUUUUCUGAGUUUUAAUUGAUAUGCUUAAUUAGAGGGGCAGCAAUCUAAUCUGUCACAGUUUGUUAUUGAAUGGGCAAGUGGUGCACCGUCUAAUGGGUCUGUCUUCUUCAGCAUCUUAUUAGUGAUCUACCUUUUGAUGGGACACUACUAAGACCCAUCUGAUCACCACACUAUAUUGAGUGUCAGAUUUGCUGUCAAGCUUCUGUAUUUAAUGGAUUUUUAAGAGCAGUUAGUAAACAUUCUUAAAUUCCCAAACAUUUCCUAAUAAAAAAAAUAAAUAUUUAUUUAAAAAGUUAGAAAUGCCAUCAAGUUAAGCCUGUGAAGAAUGUCUAUGUUUUAACAAUUCUAGUAAUGAACUGAUCAUGUCUGCACUUUCCUCCCCCUUCCAGUUAUGGCUGCCGCAUCUAUUGCAAAUAUUGUGAAAAGUUCGCUUGGUCCCGUUGGUCUGGAUAAAAUGCUAGUAGAUGAUAUUGGUGUAAGUACAAAUUCAAGUACUUAAUGUUCAAAAGAAGGCUAUUAGUCCUGUUUUUGCAAUGGCCAGCAUUGUUUACUGCUAUCCUACGGGAACUGUUUUAGCUCUUUUGAAAUUAAAGUUUGUAUUACAUAUCAAAUUAACAGAGUUCAUGUUUCACCUGAAAUUGUGCAUAAAACUAUUAUGAAUAAAUUGAUAGGUAUUUAUGGAGUUUAUUCACUACACACUGGUUUACAAUGUGGUAAACAGUCAUUCAGAGCACCAUGAUUUGAAGUAAUCAUGGUACCUAGAGCCUGUGUGCAGCAUUUCCCUAUGAAACACUACAGAUACAGAGUUUAACCUCUGUGCUACCGAAGGUGUUAUUUAAUCUCUGGCAGCAUCAUUCGCCAGCCAGGAAUAGGAGUUCUUGGCUGGCUAAUGUCAAUAUAGUGCAUAUUUCCAUGCAUUUAAAGGACCACUAUAGUGCUAGGAAAACAUACUUGUUUUCCUGGCACUGUAGUGCCCUGAGGGUGCCCCCACCCCCAGGGACCCCCUUCUGCCGGGCUGGAUGGAGAGGAAGGGGUUAAACUUACCUCUUUCUCCAGCGCCGGGCGGGGAGCUCUCAUCCUCUUCGGCUGAAUGUGCAUGCGCGGCAGGAGCUGCGCGCGCAUUCAGCCAGUCCAUAGGAAAGCAUUCUCAACAGUGAGAAGCCCUCUAGCGGCUGUCAAUGAGACAGCCACUAGAGGCUGGAUUAACCCUAUUAUAAACAUAGCAGUUUCUCUGAAACUGCUAUGUUUAUAUUAAAAAAGGGGGGGGGGGGGUUAACCCAAGCUGGACCUGGCACCCAGACCACUUCAUUAAGCUGAAGUGCUCUGGGUGCCUAUAGUGGUCCUUUAAUUGUGUAAUUGCCUGAGAGCAAUUAGCUGAUGCUAUCAGCCAAUGAAUGGUGACUGGAUAUGCAUCCUUCUUCUGCAGCUCUGUAGAAUUCAGAUGUAAGUCAACGGAGCUAGAAGGACCCUCGGUACCCGGUGGGGAGCCAGGUAAGAGGGCAAACCAUUACAAAACAGUCUGCCUUAUUACUGGGAAACCGGGCCAAUGUACUCCUGGCAUCAUAACCACUACAGCGUGCUGUGGUUAUUAAGAUGCUCGUAGUAACCCUUGCUGCUUACACACUUACUCAGCAUGGUUGUAAAUUUAUUUUGAACUCUGUUUUGGAUUACAUUUUGCAAGCCUUAUGCUAGCGCUCUUGUUAAGAAACAAAUACAAUAAUAUUUUACCUACUUGUUCAACAUUUUGUAAUUUAGAUGUAGGGUUUUGUCACAUAUCAAAAAUGCUGUUCCAUUUAUUUGUUUUAUUUUUUAAUGUAUAAGAUUUUUGAAGUGUUUUCCCAUCUUUUGUGACAACAGAUCUACUUUAAAGCUUGAAACAGUGGUUGUGAUUGUCUCUAAAAUUGUUUGUUUUUCCAAAUUAGGAUGUGACCAUAACAAAUGAUGGUGCUACCAUAUUGAAACUAUUGGAUGUAGAACAUCCUGCAGCCAAAGUACUCUGUGAGCUGGCAGAUCUCCAGGACAAUGAAGUUGGAGAUGGUACAACCUCAGUAGUAGGUUUCUUUCUAGGAUCUUUCUCUCUAGAGUGUGUGUUUUUUUUUUGUAUUUUUAGAUUUAUAUUCAUGUAAAUGGAAUUAAUUGGCCAAGACCUAGGAAGAAUUGAUAUCACUUUCAUAACAUGAAAGAAGAUUAAAGUCCAUCAAAUUCAAUCCUGAAGCCCAUUUUUAAUGCUGUUCAUCCAAGAGAAGGCAAAAAGCAACAAUUUUUGUAGGUAAAUCCUAUUAUGCCAUACAACAAAUGGGAAUCAGAUUUCUCCUUGGAUCAACCACCUGUUUACAUACAUAUCAAUUAUAUCCCUGAAUAUUAUGUUUAUGCAAAAAAGCAUCCAAGUGUGUGUGUUUUUUUUUUUUUUUUGUUUUUUUUUUAAAUUCUUUAUUUUGGUUGUGCAGAUGAUCACAAGAUGUAAACAGACGCCACAACAGAGUGUUGCAAGUAUAGAUAUUAGACAGUGGCAUUGAAACAGGCACAUUUUUUUUAAAUUUAGAUAACUUGCGUUGCUAAACAUUUGCUUUGUCAGAGUGGUGAUUAAAUGAACGUUGUUCAGCAGGUUAGUUAGAGUACAAGAAGCAACUGCUCACAUAGCUAGUGCGAUGGCAUUAGAGUUAGGGUUGUAUGCACAUUCUAUGUGUAUGGUUCAAAUAACGAUUAUUAAGGUACAUGCUAUAUAAAAUAAUGUCAAGUGUGGAUUUCUCCACACUGCUUGAGAGUAACCACCAGGGGGCAGAGAGUCCCUGAGCUUGUCGGACUAAGCACAUAUGUGUGCUUAGGCAUUUUUCUAUGCAGUUCUGCAGUAUUAAAAUCAUUAAUAGUAAAAGCAAAAAAGAAAAUCAAGGAGAUGGUAAACAGUGUGUUUUUUUUUUAAUAUUAUUAUUUAUUUAUUUUUAUUUAUUAUAUAUGGACAUUUUCUUUAGUGAUAUCUGAAGAGGGGGCUUGACAGGAAAUGUUCAGAGGACUCGUGUAAAUGUUAAACGGUGUUCAAGUGGACUCACCACGUAUUAUUGGACAGAGCUUGGGGGCUCCUUGCUCUAUAACCAGUACUGGGUGCUAUAAUGGUUUAUAGUGCUUAGACUACCCUUAAAAUUGCUGACUUUAGGAAGAUCUGUAAUGUGAAACUAGGAUAAAUUCUCACAUCUAAUAAUAACAUUGCUAUUAAACAUUCCACUGUAUAUAAAACCAACUUCUUCUUAACAGGUCUUCUAGGAAAAAAUAAGCUAAAUUUAUUUUUAUUGCAUGCAAGUUAUUGGGAGCAGUGUUUACAUUGCAGCACUAAGUCAGCCCCUAGUGGCUGUCUACCAGUUUGGAAAAGGACCUUUGGUCGGGUAUCUGAUGUUGGGCGUGCUCACGCUUUGCUUCAAUGCUUUCCUAUGGAGAGGUCUAAUGUGCUUGUGGCAUUAGUGCCCAAUCGUGGGACAUCGGAGUGGUCAAAGCAUAGGCGCUGGGUUCAUGUAAGUAAAUAAAGGGUUUAUAACACUUUAUUUACACGAGGCAAGUGGAGCGAUUUGAUUUUUUUUUUUUUUUUCAAGGAAUACAGUUUUGUGUUCCUGUCACUAAACUGUUUUGCUGGCUCUUUAAGGCACACCAACAGUCUAGGUUUUGUCAGUGUCCCAUUGGAACAAAACUGGGAAACUAUUGCAGUAGUUCAUGAAACUGUUUUACAGAUUACUCUGGGAGGGUGUUAGCAGGUUGUAGUGUUUAUGCUUUGAUUGCUCUUCCAAGGAGUUAGCUUGUUAAAAUGCAUUUGUAGGCAUUCCCAUUUUAGUACCACUUCUUCGUUCUACAGAUCUAGUGGCUAUGCUAAUGGGAUAAAGUAUUCUCUACUGUCAUCUGAAGGAAAAUGGUUAUGUUUCUUUUCCUAUAUGAAAUGUCAGUACAUAAACUUUGAUAUCCCUGAAUAUUAUGUUUAUGCAAAAAAGCAUCCAAGUGUUUUUUUAUUUUUUAUUAUUAUAAUAUAUGAACUUCUGCAUUAGUGAUAUCUGAAGAGGGGGCCUUGACAGGAAAUGUUCAGAGGACUCGUGUAAAUGUCAAACGGUGUUCGGAUGGAAUCACUACGUAUUAUUGGACAGAGCUUGGGAACUCCUUGCUCUAUAACCAGUACAGGGUGCUAUAAUGGUUUAUAGUGCUUAAAAUACCCUUAAAGGACCACUCUAGGCACCCAGACCACUUCAGCUUAAUGAAGUGGUCUGGGUGCUAGGUCCCUCUAGGAUUAACCCUUUCUGCUGUAAACAUAGCAGUUUCAGAGAAACUGCUAUGUUUAGAUAUGGGUUAAUCCAGCCUCUAGCAUGCGCAUUCAGCCGAUGACGCCAGUAGAAGGAGGAGAUUCCCCAGCGCCGAGGGAGCCCAGCGCUGGAAAAAGGUUUUAACCCCUUCCUCACCCCAGAACCUGGCAGGAGGGGGGCCCUGAGGGUGGGGGCACCCUCAGGGCACUAUAGUGCCAGGAAAAGGAGUAUGUUUUCCUGGCACUAGAGUGGUUCUUUAACCCAUUAAGGACCAAACUUCUGGAAUAAGGGAAUCCUGACAUGUCAUACAUGUCAUGUGUCCUUAAGGGGUUAAAAUUGCUGACUUUAAGAAGAUCUGUAAUGUGAAACUAGGAUACAUUCUCACAUCUAAUAAAAACAUUGCUAUUAAACAUUCCACUGUAUAUAAAACCAACCUCUUACAUGAGGUCUUUUAGGAAAAAAUAAGCUAAAUUUAUUUUUAUUGCAUGCAAGUUAUUGUGAAUUAUAAGGGAAUAAUCCAUUGCAAGCAAGUCACUGAAGAUCCUAAUAUGUCUGUGCCCCCUACCUUGAAUUUUGUUAUACUAGUACUUCCGUUGUGAUCUGCAAGGCAAAAUAAAUCUUUCAUGUGUAUACAUUCAUAAGGUGUUCUAGUUUGUAAAAGAACUCUGCAAACUGUCUUCUAUGCUUAUAAGCCGUAUGCAGGGGUGGAGUGCAGCAUGCGGCCAUUGUGCCAUUUAGCAGUUCUUGUUUCAUAAGUUUCCUGCCUGACAUUGAUGUGCUUCUCUUGCCUUUGCAUUGUUGAACAUAGGUGUGUGGAAUGCAGAUAGUUAUAACUUAUACUUGUUUAACUUUUGUAACAUCUAUGAUUACUUUAAGGUUAUCAUUGCUGCAGAGCUUCUAAAGAAUGCCGAUGAGCUUGUUAAGCAAAAAAUCCAUCCCACGUCUAUAAUUGGGGGCUACCGUCUGGCUUGCAAGUGAGUUUAUAUUCUAUUUUGGUAACGUGUGUUCUGUUUCUUGGGCAUCUUUAUUGGUCCUUUACAAUUAAUGAAAAGUUUCUCAGUUGUGUUUUUUAUGGGCCUGACUCUAUUCUGGCAGGAUUUGUCAGCCUGUCCCCAGCUGAUUCUGACCUGUGCUGGGCUUUGCCAGCUACCCAGCACCAAUCACAGUGUAAACUGCUGGGAACCAGGGCUCCAUUUAGAACUAUACAAAAUGUAAUUCUGAAAACGGCAGCAGAUUGAGGCAACUUACCACCAUAUACUGUGAUAAAUCGCAACCCCAUUUCUAACCAUAAUUGAUAUUGGCAGUGGUUUGGUAUUGGGGUUGGAUUUGAGAGUAGGGGUAGGGCUAUAGUUAGUGUUGGGGUAGGUUAGCUGUAGGUUAAGUUUAAGCUAAGGUACAUGUUAAUGCUGGUUAUGGGAUAAAGGUAUUGUAGGUUUGCUGUUAAUAGUAAGAUUAGGCAUAUGCUUAGUGUAUUAGUUGGGUAAGGGUUAUGGUUGGUGUAAGAUUAGUGUUGGCUGUCUAAAUUUAGAUGCUCAACGUAUUAGACCAUGGUGACCAAAAGGUAAAUCCUCAGAUGUUUAAAACGACAGCUUCAAUUCUAAAGGCAUGCAAAUCAUCGGUGUUGUCCUACAACAUCUGGGGAUCUACCUAUUGGGCAUUUAAUAGUCAGUACUCGCAUUUGACUUAUGUAAUCAGUUGCUCUCGAUUUUGUAAAAAAAAAAAAAAUUAUUAUAAGCAAAAAUUUGAAAAAAGUAGUUUUUUGGGUAGGGGGGUUCUCUCCCACUUUCCCAUGUUUAACAUUUUAUUUACAUGUUAUGUAAGGUAUACAUAUAGGAUGUUAAAGUCCUUUCCGUCCAUUAAAAAUGGUAUGUAAUAUGUAUGGGGAACUUGGAGUGGAACAAACAUAUAAGCAAAUUCAUGUUUUUUUUUUUGUUUUGGUUCAGAAUGUGGACAGUAUAUACUCAAAGCAACAGAACAACUCUGCAUGAUUGCACACAUGAUUUCACUCUUCUAACUUACAGUAGCUUAAGAUACUUUCUUACCUUUUUUCAUUACCUGUAUAAUGUAUUAAAUAUGUUUCUAUUACCCCAUAGUUUUAUAACCAGUUAUAAUACAACGAUUAACACUUUAUUCUCCUCAUUUAGGGAAGCCGUAAGAUAUAUCAAUGAAAAUCUCACUAUUAAUACUGAUGAGCUUGGACGAGAAUGUCUCCUUAAUGCUGCUAAAACCUCAAUGUCUUCUAAGAUUAUUGGAGUGUAUCCUUUUUGCUUAAAAAGAGUAUGCAAGAUUCACUUAGUGACUAUGUUGUUUUUUUGUUUUGUUUUUUUUUGUUUUUGUUUUUUGUCAAUUCACUGCAGUGUGGACAUCUCCAUUAUUUCUCACAUUAUAUUUGGAUGUUUAUGCCUUUACUCUAAUGUUCAGUGAUAGUGACUUCUUUGCCAGCAUGGUUGUUGAUGCAGCACUUGCUGUGAAGUUUACAGAUCCAAGGGGUCAAGCACGGUACCCUAUUAACUCUGUAAAUGUUCUAAAAGCCCAUGGACGAAGUCAGAAGGAAAGUGUGCUUGUGAAUGGAUAUGCACUCAACUGUAUAGUGGGAUCACAGGGUAUGUAUUUUAAUUUAUGCUUUCAAAUUCAUGUCAUAAACUUGUUCAUUGACAGUUGAUGGCUUUUAUUUCCCACCUUUGUUGCACUCUAUUGAAACUAUAAAAGGGACAUGCAUCACUCUGAGACAACUCUCAUUCAAAAGCCUUUGCUUUUAAUGACAAAAAGUCUGCCGGUUGGUAGAAAAAAAUCCCUUCAAUAUGUUUUCCCUCCCGCACCACAUAUUUACCUCCUUUUUCUUUCUCAUGCUUUUCACAACCACUCCGGGGGUCACUGAUCUAAACAAUCAGUGCCCCACAUUUACACAUGUUUUCCUUAUAUACUUUUAGAAGUUUUAUUUGAUUUAACUUGGUUUGCAUAUUUGUUUAAAAGAGUUUGCUUGCUGGUUUUAAAAACAAAACAAUUAUCAAGUAAAGCAUGUAACUUUUGCACCUUUAGAAUAUCAAUAUUAAGCAACAGUUUAAAAAAUUCCUCAGUUAGAAUGAGUUAAGUUAAACAAUCAAGAGAACUCCAAAGAUAUAUAUAUACUGAUAUCUAUAUUUUAUAAUAAUGUGUGUAUAUAUUAAGUAAUGGAGUAUAGAUUGUGUAUGGAUAUAUGGUAAUUGAAAACCUGUGUAGACUAAGUGAGUACUUUUAGAUCUCUUUUGAGUUGUGAGUUUGAUGUUUACAUUUAUUUGUAUUUAUUUUAUUUUUUCAUCUUUAGGAAUGAACAAAAGAAUUGUAAAUGCAAAAAUUGCUUGCCUUGACUUCAGCCUGCAAAAAACUAAAAUGAAGCUUGGUGUCCAAGUGAUUAUUUCAGAUCCAAGCAAAUUGGACCAGAUCAGACAAAGGUGCAAUUUACACACAUAAAUAAUAAAAUAUCUUUGAAUAAUCUCAAAUGAAAUACUUCUGUCUUCUCAUACAAACAUCCUUUGACUUUUUUUUCCCAUUUUAUUUGCUGCCAUAUACUUUUAAUGGUAUGAGCAGUUAUACGCGUGGGAUAAACUAAUGUGUCUUCUGCUUGUUUCUGCAAAUACUUGUUGUUUUGCUGCUGAAGCAGAGUCCCAACAUGAUUCAUUUUCAUAAGUGUUAUUUAUAGUUGUAGUUUGGCAUGUGCUGCUUGGCUUCAAUAAAUGCUUCUCUUUAGCUCAUGCAAUCUGUUUUUAUUAUGUGUUGACACUUGUAUUAACACACAUUCUAGGGAGUCUGAUAUUACAAAAGAGAGAAUUCAGAAGAUCCUGGCCACGGGGGCUAAUGUUAUACUUACAACUGGUGGAAUUGAUGACAUGUGCCUCAAGUACUUUGUGGAUGUGGGUGCAAUGGCUGUACGCAGAGUUCUUAAAAAGGAUUUGAAACGCAUUGCUAAAGCUACUGGAGGUAAGUAAAUGUUAAUAGUACUUUUUAUUUUAUUUGGGGGGAGGAGAGGCAGGAGAGAGUGAGUCAUUUAUUUGAUAUUUUGCAUUGCUUGUCAGCCAAACCUGUGUGCAGAGGUUUAGGAAGGAUAUACAGCUAAGGGCUUACUUAAUGAAAUGCAAAGAGAGUCUGUGCAAAUAGACCUAAUAGUCGAAAAACGGUGUAUUUUAAGGUAAAUUGCCGGUUCUGCUGCAAGGAGGGAUAAUCCACUUAAAGGACCACUAUAGUGCCAGGAAAACAUACUCGUUUUCCUGGCACUAUAGUGCCCUGAGGGUGCCCCCACCCUCAGGGACCCCCUCCCGCCCGGCUCUGGAAGGGGGAAAGGUGUUUAAACUUACCUUUUUCCAGCGCUGGGCGGAGAGCUCUCCUCUUCCUCUCCGCCUCCAUUACGCCCCGCCGGCUGAAUGCGCACGCGCGGCAAGAGCUGCGCGCGCAUUCAGCCGGUCUCAUAGGAAAGCAUUUACAAUGCUUUCCUAUGGACGCUGGCGUGCUCUCACUGUGAUUUUCACAGUGAGAAGCACGCAAGCGCCUCUAGUGGCUGUCAAUGAGACAGCCACUAGAGGAUUAGGGGGAAGGCUUAACCCAUUCAUAAUUAUAGCAGUUUCUCUGAAACUGCUAUAAUUAUGAAAAAAUGGGUUAACCCUAGAAGGACCUGGCACCCAGACCACUUCAUUAAGCUGAAGUGGUCUGGGUGCCUAGAGUGGUCCUUUAACAGUAUAUUCCAGUGGGAGGAUCCCUCUCGUGCAGCAGUGCCUGAUGGGGGGAAAGGCUCUGUAAUGCAAGUUCCCCAUGUAGUCCACUCUGGGAAUACCCCUGGGAUGGCACUCAGGAAACCCAUUGCAUAGGGAAUUGUAUAAAUUGUGGAGCCUGUGAAUAAAGCCUUCAGUUGACUCUCAGAACUGUUUCGUCCGGUUACUGGGAGAUUUGGGAUAUUGCCUUGCUUUUCAGCGCUUGACUAUGGAUUACCUUCUGAACCAGCGGAGAUCAUGGGAUUUAAUAUAUUUAUUUUAAUACUAAUAUAUGUACUUAUAUUAAUAUUAAAUACACUUUGUAUGACGAUAGAUAUAUAUAAAUUUCUAUUUUAAACAUGUUUAAUUCUUUUUUUUUUUUUUCUUUCCUACCAGCAGGGGGACUGUCUUACAUUUUAGACAGUCCUCCUGCUGGCAGAUCCACAGCCAGCUAUAGGGGGCCAUGUGAUCGUUCUUUGAGAGCGAUCACAUGGCCCUGGGGGAGGGCUGCCUGGGCUGUCAGGCAGCCCUCCAGAAGAGGAUCGCGGCGGAGGAAAGUCCACCGGACCUCCUGGGGCUGCAAGCCGUUACAGCGUUCUAUGCCGCCGCAACGGCUUUAAAGCCCUUUUAAUGUGGGACGGCAUAGAACGCCGUUAAGGGGUUAAUAUGAUUAGUGGAAGCGCAGCUGAGGGCUCAGUUGGAUAUCCCAUAAGACAAACCUGCACAACAUAUGGCGCGUCAAAGGAUUUUAGGCGGUCCACGAGGAACACUGCACCGAGGUUGGCACAACGAGGAGGCCCAUCGGGUGGCAUGUGUUUUGGAGGGAAAUGUCUGUGCAAGCUUUAGAAACUAGUAACGUGGCUACAUAAAUCUUGAAGUACAGAUGAUGCAUGAAUACAAAAUUGUAUUAAACAUUUGUCAUUUGAUUUAACAGCAACAAUUUGUUCAACACUUGCAAACUUGGAGGGCGAGGAAAGUUAUGAAGCAUCAAUGUUGGGUCAAGCAGAAGAAGUCGUGCAAGAGAGAAUAUGUGAUGACGAGCUGAUCCUAGUUAAAAAGUUAGUGCACCUCACUCAGACACAUUUAAAGUAAUCCCAUUUUAUUGCUGCCAUGCUUGUCUGUGCAAUGUGCAGUUAUACGCGUGGGAUAAAGUAUUGCGUUGUCUCUGAAAUUUUGGAUAAACUUGUUUGUGUUCUACUCCUGUUUCAGAGGCUACACACGUCACCCAUUCACCCGCUUCUCCUCCCAGAAAUUACCUGAUGAUGAUCCUCCUAGUGUAAUUUGCCAAACUGUCUUAUGUCUUGAUAACUUGCCAUUAAAUGUGUGCUGUCCCUUCAUCUAGAAGUCAGCAAAUCUGUGGACAUCAGUGAUUAGUGGAAAGCACUUGUCACCAUUUAAAAAAGAAAAUGCCAUCUGGCAUCUAAACGGUUAAAAGACCAUUCUAAACCUUAAAACUGAGUUUUGUUUAACUUUGGAGUAAUACUUUUCACCGUUAUGUGUAAUGAUGAACAUGUGGGGGUUCCCCUUGUCAUGCUUGGUACAAGACAUGCAUUUGCUGGUAUAGAGCCCCAUUUAAUUCGUAUUUAUGUGGACUGAUCAAUCUAACACAUAGAAUGUGGUUAUAUGUUGGACAAAUCAAUGAAUGUAUAGGUCUGCUUAGCACUUUGGUAACUUAAACACUGAAAUUUACUACUGUGGACAAGGUAUGCAGGUUGUGAAAAAAUGGUUGUUGUAAUUGCUAUGUUCUCCUCUGUUACAGUACUAAGGCUCGAACAUGCGCAUCCAUCAUUCUUCGUGGAGCUAAUGACUAUAUGUGUGAUGAAAUGGAGCGCUCUGUCCAUGAUGCUCUGUGUGUGGUGAAGAGAGUAUUAGAGUCAAAGUCUGUUGUACCUGGAGGUGGUGCAGUUGAAGCUGCUCUUUCCAUUUACCUUGAGAAUUAUGCCACUAGCAUGGUAAGAAUACACAAAUAGAUGAAUAUGGCUUACUUUAAACAUUGUCGAACACCAACAUUUAUUCAUAAAUUAUUGAGCACAUUUUAACAGGUCAAUGACCUAGUUGCAAGACCAGUCCCAGCACAUUCAGCUGAGCUGUACAUGUUUCUAGGCAUCCAGUCCAUGUUAUGUUGUGUAAACAAAAGUUCAUCUGUGUUUUUAUGGAUUUUACAAUAAAUAUACACUUUACAAUCUUAUGUUAAGCCUGCAGUAAUUGUACAGAUACAUUUUUGUUUUCAAUUUUAGGGAUCCAGGGAACAGUUGGCAAUUGCAGAAUUUGCAAGAGCCCUUCUUGUUAUUCCAAAAACGCUGGCUGUAAAUGCUGCUCAAGAUUCCACUGACCUAGUUGCAAAGCUUCGUGCUUUCCACAAUGAAGCACAAGUUAACCCAGAGCGCAAGAACCUGAAGUGGUAAGUCAAGAUAUAACAGGAGAACAAGGAAUUUUGCAUGUACAUGUAAAAAAUCGAUAAUUCUUUUUGAUGGAUAUCUGCAUAGUGCAGCUGAGGUAAAAGCCUUCAUAAUUGACACUAAAACGAUGGCACUGUAUUAUGUGGUAAAACCAUACAUUGCAAAAUAUAAUAAGAUUGUAAAGUUCUUCAAAUAUGUUGGAUCAGUUUAAGGGCCAUCAAUGUAUGUAGCCUCUACAGUACAGUUUUGAAAUUAAAGUUGUAUUCAUUUACAAGUACUCUUCCUGGCAUAUUUGGCAACUGAACACUCUUGUCACUUUACCCUUUUUGUAGCAAGGUUACACAAAAUAAAGUUAUAAGCAUUUUUUAGAAGACCUCUAACUAAGAAUUGUAAAUUUAUAUAUAAAGGUAUAUUUGUAAACAUAAGUAAAAUUUAGAAUGUGUGCACUAGUGAAUAGUCCGUGAAAAUACUUAAAGGGACACUAUAGUCACCAUUUGCUCUUGUAAGUAUCCUACCCUGCAGGGAUUAUGUCAACACUGUCUUUUUAUAGAAAAAGCAGUGUUUACAUUGCACCCUAGGGACACCUCCACUGGACGUUCCCCAGAUGACCACUGGAGGUGCCUCCUGGGGCAGUGCUGCACACACUGCAUGGAGACACUGAACUUCUCUCCUAGAGAUGCACUGAUUCAUUGACUUCUAUAAGGAGGAGCUGAUUGGCUGAUUGCCCCAACCCCCGUCUCCUUGUCUAUUUCAGCCAGUCAAAUGCUUUGUCCAAAAUCAUUUAAUUCUGAUGUCAGCAAGGAGGCGAAUAUUACAAAGCCUUGGGAUUAAUCUUGCUUUCAAGACUCUACAUUCAGCAAUGGGUGUGAUGUCUAGUUUCAGAAUAUUACUACUAAAUGAAAAAUUACAGAUUUGUAACCUUAAAAAGUUAUAGCAGUGCUGUAACUGGGUGAAGUGUAACGAGGAAAAAUAGCAACUCAGCGUGAUUGUGCCAAUGUGUCUUCUCAUGAAUUAUCUUCCUGCAGGAUUGGUCUAGACUUGCUUAAUGGAAAAGCACGGGAUAACAAGCAAGCUGGUGUCUUUGAGCCCACAAUGGUGAAGACAAAGAGUUUAAAAUUUGCAACAGAAGCUGCAAUUACUAUCUUGCGAAUUGAUGAUCUAAUUAAAUUGCAUCCAGAGCCAAAAGAGGAUAAAGGAAAAUACCACGAAGCGGUUCAGUCUGGGUCUAUUGAAGGUUAAGUUGGCCAAGAGGAGAUUUUUUUUUUUUCUUCAAUAUUACUCUAAUUUAUAAGUAAUACAUUUUCAUUGUUCAUCUUGCACUUGUAUGGUCUUGCACCUAAGCGUACUCACUUUAAUAAAGGUAACUUGGCAACCUAAAUUUACUGGUAUUUCUUUUGGGUUCAGUAAUAUUUGCAUCCAAAUGGGAGUUUUACAAAUCCAGUUUGCUGUGACACACUAGAAAGGGAACUCAGGCCUCAAAACAUCCACUAGCCAUUGGCAAAGUGAAAAUUCAGACUUUGCAAAUAGACUGUGUUUCACUGAAAUGUCAUCCAGCCAAAAGAUAUACUAAGACCAAGUAGAACCUCUCAGCAUGUUGACACUGGGUGAAGUACAGCACUGAUAUCUGUUACUUGGCAGCAGGAGGGAGACAUCCAUGAGGGACAGGUUCAGGUAAGUAUAGAUUACCUUUGCUGGGAAACCAGACCCCAAGCUGUCACUGUGGAGAGUCUUUACAAAGACAAUGGCAGCAGACUACUUUAAUAUCUGAGUUUUCAGUCUUUCAGGGGAGAUCCAACCUACCUUGCUUCAUGGACAAAUGGGCACAUUCUGGCAGUGAAGCCUGUUUCAGGGCUACAGUUGUGUAGCAUCCUAAUUUGCAUGGCUAGGAGCAUUGACAAGCUAGGAUGCUUCAUGGAAGCUGGUAUGUUAGCUUGUAGUGAAUACUAGAUUAUGCAAUCUCCAGCCUUCACUUCAAAAACCAUAGAGUGACAACAGUGGUAAGGUAGUAUAUAAGCUAGUUUUUUUUUUUUUUUUUAGUAAAACGUUUUGUAUAGAAAGUAAUGCAUUUUAAGUGAUAUCACAAGCAGCAAAUAGCUGUGUAAUUAACUUUUUCGGGGUUUGUUCUAAAGCUGAACUUUGUUUACAAACAGUGUAAGACACCUCCUUUCUAAAUAAAUAUAGCCAUGACUUUAGUCAGAUGUUAGUUUUUCUUAAAACAUUUAUUAAACUAACUGGAUUUGUGUGCUUGUGUUGCGCUAGACACACCCAUCCAGAAUGAUCAUAUGUGGAAUGUUAAUCCUUAGUAUAGCUUUACAUGUCUUGCAUCUUGUUUCAAAUUAGUGAAAUUAUAUGGUGAUAAUGCACAGACAAUUUCAGCAUGUUCUUUCAACACACAUUGCAAUUCCCAUGCCACCUCCUAUGCAAAGAGCAGCCACUCCUUUCUUUCCACUCGUUCUUUCCAAAGCGUAUAGCAAGGUAACCAAAAUGCGACACCCAGACAUUCCAAGAGGGUGACCAAGGGCAAUUGCACCACCUUGACUGUUAACCUGAAAUACAAAAAAGAGCAAAUGCACUAUAGAGUAUU